AUGUGCCCAACAAGAACAACAACUAUUCAACAGCUCAGUCUCAUUGUGGUGCUGCUCUUUGGCUGCCUGGCUGCCAAUGCUCAGCGCUGUCAGGACUAUCAGGAUACACAGCAGCAGACGUUGCACUGCGGCGGACGAGCUCUGUGUGCCACAAACGGCCAUUGCUAUCGCCGUUUCAGCAACAUUUGUUGCCUCGAGGCACACAAUUUGCAGCGCAUGUUUGCAGGCCAAAAUGAAUUUAUCGUCGUGGAUAUGCAACACUGUUUGCCAGCGUCGACGUGGUACGACUACAGCAUACCCUAUAGUCCGCCACGUUUUGUGAACUAUGGCUAUGAAUCGCAAUAUGAUUAUGCCGCUCCUCCACAACGUCAGCCGCAGUUGUACAAUCCCUAUAGAUACCACAGUCAGCAGAUCUUUUCGCAGUCAAAUAGAGCGGGCGUUGCUCACGCCUGGAAUCCUUAUGCAGCAGCUGCCUCGCAAUACGCCACAGGCCAAACGUCUGCGCCCAGUUAUUAUGUUCAAUUGCUCACCUCAACACCGAGCACAGCGUACACAACACCUUCCACAACACCUUCCACAACAGCUGAAACAACACCUUCCACAACUACUACUACGACUCCUGUCACAACUUCCUCUACAACAGAGUCCACAACCCCUUCCACAACAGCUGCCACGACGCCUUCAACAACGCCUUCAACAACACCUUCAACAACGCCUUCAACAACGCCUUCAAUAACGCCUUCAACAACGUCUUCAACAACGCCUUCAACAACGCCUUCCACAACGCCUUCAACAACGCCUUUCACUAUAAUAUUCCCAACUAUUCCUCAUUUGUUUGAAGCUAAGGUUGCAGUGGUUGCCGAAGACAUCGAGAAGGGCGAUGCAGCUAUCGAUUCUGUUGCAGAUGAAAUCGAAUCUGAUGCGGCAUCACUUGGCAAAAAAAGGCCAACUACACCGAAAACAACAACGACUACAUUAAAAACGACUACUCCUAAGACAACAAGAGCUACUUGUGAACAUACAUCUACAACAACUUCCACUACGCCAUCCACAACAGCACCCACGACCCCUUCCACAACUCCUUUCACAACACCCUCCACAACACCUUCCACAACACCUUCAACAACGCCUUCCACAACACCUUCCACAACACCCUCUACAACACCUUCGACAACACCUUCCACAACACCCUCUACAACACCUUCAACAACACCUUCAACAACACCUUCCACAACACCUUCCACAACACCUUCGACAACACCUUCCACAACACCUUCUACAACACCUUCAACAACACCUUCCACAACACCCUCUACAACUCCUUCGACAACACCUUCAACAACACCUUUCACAACACCUUCUACAACACCCUCUACAACACCCUCUACAACACCUUCAACAACAUCGUCUACAACACCCUCUACAACACCUUCUACAUCACCUUCCACAAGACCCUCUACAACAUCUUCCUCAACACCUUCAACAACACCUUCAACAACAUCCUCUACAACACCUUCCACAACACCUUCAAUAACAUCGUCUACAACACCAUCAACCACUCCAUCAACCACCGCUUCAACAACAACACCAUCCACUCCAGCACCAAUUGAUGCCAAUAUUCUAGCGACCAUGGUCAUUACAAGCUUCGACGGUCAGGUGUUGAGACUAUCGCUGACAAAGCAAGUGAUCGAUCCCAUCAACGGCAACAAGACAUGUGUGGCGACAACAACACUGCUGAUAACAACCAAGGAGUGUCCAACGCCACAGCUGCUUACUGGCUGCCUGAUGAGCACCUCAACAAGUGCCACAACAACGACAACGACAAGAACACCACCAACAACAUCAAGAAGUUCCACUUCCUCUUCUCCAGCGACUUAUCCAACUCGGGCGAACCCCGCAAUUGAAACAGCGUAUAGAACACCUAUACAUAAACCUUAUAGCUAUCAUUAUGGCUAUGCCUAUGGCACCAACUAUGGUCUUGACACUCCCUCUAGUUCCGCUUCCCGUUCCUAUCCAAGAGACGAUGCAUAUGCUUCGGCUUCGGCUUCCGCCUCGGCUGCGGCUUCGGUGGCGUCCCCCUUUGGCUGGUCGCAUUAUUACAGUCGUCGCUAA